GGUCCUUCAGGUAGGAGGUCCCGAGUGACUUUGGACGCCCGCUCAGCCCGGAGCAGAGUGCUCGCCCGUAGGCCUUGAGCGUUCGCCCUUCCCGGUCCCCCAGUUUGAGGCGAAGCUCUUCUGCAACCAUGCUCCGCCAAAUCUUCAGCCAGGCUAAGAAGCAUCCGAGCUUGAUCCCACUCUUCGUCUUCAUUGGAGCUGGAGGUACUGGCGCAGCCCUGUAUGUCACUCGCCUGGCAUUGUUCAAUCCUGAUGUCUGUUGGGAUAGGAAGAAUAACCCAGAACCCUGGAACAAACUGGGUCCAAAUGAUCAAUACAAGUUUGUCGCUGUGAAUGUAGAUUACAGCAAACUGAAGAAAGAAGGUCCAGACUUCUAAACAAAAUGUUUCACUUACAAAGCUGCUUAAAUGAAGGUCUUCCAGAAACUCGCACAAUUUUCCACUUAACUAGGAAAUAUUCCCCUCUAAAUGCAUGAAAACAUGUUGAUGUAUUAUGUUGGGGUUUACAGUGAUUAAUAAAUAUAUGAAACUU